AUGCGACUCGAUUUUCUGAUAUUUAUUUUCAUCUCAUUUCGGCACGCGUUUUCACAAGCAACUUAUGAUGUCAUUUUCGCCAUUGACGUCGCAACUUCAAACGAGACCCACUUUGCGAUUCAGCAGAAUCGCGCUCUUCGUAUAUUGAAAUAUCUUGAUUCGUCAAUCACCAGCACGAAUUUUCGCACGGCAAUCAUUGAAUUCGACUCGACACCUCGCGAAAUACUUGAAUUCGGCUCGCCGUUUUCCAAUGACACUGGAAAAGUUACCAGUAUUCUGGCAUCGCUGAAACCAAAGAAAACUCGCAUGGCAUCGGUCGCACGAGUCCUAAAAUCCUGUUUAGAGCAAUUCGAAACAUCGAAAAAUUCGAGGAAGAUUCUCUUUCUGGCUCAUGAUGGCAACUCGGACGAUUCCAUCGCGGAGACAUUGCCAACAACAGAGCAACUCGAAGCGCAAAAAAUUCAAUUAUUCGUGCUCACCGGCAACCAAAACGCCAACGUCGACGUUCUUCUUGGGUACGUUCGCGAAAGAGAGAGAAUCUAUCAGAAUGCCGCCGACGUUCAGCCAUUUCGACGAAUCCUCUCAGCUGCCUUAUUCGCCAACGAUCGACGGGCUGAAGCAUUUGCUGCGCCUCUGAAGCCUCUCAAAUCCUCAAAAUUCGAGCCUCAACAGUCAUGCGUCUUUGAGAAAGUCGAUUUGAUGAUCGUUCUCGACACCUCCGGCUCGGUAUACAGAAUAUUUGAGGAGCAGAGGCAGUUCACCAUCGAUUUCAUCAACAAACUACCAAAGUCGGCAUUCAAUGACGGCCGAAUUCAAGCGUCAAUUGUCAAAUUCUCCGCCAAUCCAAUCAUCCAUUUGCAAAUGGGUCUCAUCGCGAAGAGUGAUCUCAUAAACAAAGUUCGAGAGGUUAUAUUCACCGGAGGAAUCACACGCAUCGCGACAGCUGUGAAUUCGGCAAUCGAUACUGUGAACAAGGCCAAAAGAAGUGAUGCUCGUCAAAUUUUCAUAUUGAUAUCCGAUGGACACGGACAAGAAUCAUGGUCGGGCGUUCAAAAGACCGGCUCAAGACUACGCGAGCAAAAAUUCGAGUUGUUCGCAGUGUCGGCAAGCUACGAUUAUAGCAGCGCCGAGUUACUGAUCUACGUCGGAGACAAAAGUCGCCUCUAUGUCGGCGUCAAAACGCCAGAUUUCAUUCCCGAUUUGAGCAAAUACGUUCGAGAUUGUGUUGGCGACGACGACAUCGAGAAUGAGCAAGUGCUCACGACAACUUCAACCCGACUAAUAUUGAACAACGCUGCGAAAGAGGACGACGACUCAUCAAGUGAUAGAGAUGACGAGGAAACUUUGUCAAACCUUCAAGAAGUACUGAAACCAGCGUCACCGGCGAUUCCGGCAAGCGAUGCGCCACCAACGACACCAAUAGCUCUGGAUGUUCCAAUUACACGAGCAAGGCCUGUUGAUAUGAUUUCCACACAAUCUACGCUAGAUGGUAUUUUCGUCGAACCUAUCGAGCUCACCACGGCGACAACGAGUACUACCGUUCAAGAAUCGUCUUCGGCAACAUUGAUGUCCACAUCGGAGCUACCGGUUGGGACAAUCGCGCCGAGAGAGGAAGCAAUUGCCAAUGAAAUGAAGACACCGCUGGACGGUGAUCAAGAAGGUUCCGGUGGAUCUGGCGAAUCAUCUGGUGAGAUUCUCGAAGGUCUCGACAUCGUAUUGAAUGGUGAGGGAUCUGGAGUGAUCGAUAUCACGAAUUCGAGACCAUCCAAAGUGGAACCGGCCGAUUCACACUUUGAGAAUAUUCGCAAUGAUUUGAUUUCCAACUCAAAAUGUCCAAUUGAUUUGAUUUUGAUGAUUGACAAUUCGCAAAGUGUUGAGAACGUAUUUAUGGCCGAAAUACAAUCGGCGAUUGCCGUCGUCGACGAAUUCACCGAAGAAUCUUACAUCAAUGGAAUGGUCCGUGUCGGAAUCGUGACAUUCGCGAGUAAUGGAACACUAAUUCGAAAUUUGAUCGAUUCGACAAAAUCGAACAUCUUGAACGCCAUUCGAUCAAUUCCACACAUUGGUGGAUCGACGUCGUCGAUUUCUGGAGCCAAAAUUGUCGUUGAGAAUAUUCUUCCAGUUCGGAGAGCAAAUUCGAAAAUGCUCAUUGCUCUUUUCUCAGACGGUCAUUCGCAAGAUGCCUGGAGUAGCGUGUUGAAGUGGUCAUCAAGGCUUCACGAAAUUCCGCACGCGUCUACGUUCGCAUUGACACCGACCUCAGACUAUUCUGAGCCUGAGCUAAAAAUUUGGGCUGGAUCUGAAGAACGAGUCUUUAUUGAUCCCAAAAGGCUUUUAGUGGCAAUUGCCAAAAUGGCUAGAUCGUGCCAACUUGAGGACGCUGUUUCUUCCGGCGAUGUGAAGACAAUUAUCAGAGAUGACCUCCCAAAAGCACAAGGAAUCAAAAUCGCCAGCAAUCUCAAUGAAAAAUCUCGAGGUUCAUGCCUAGCUGAUCUAGUGCUCAUAAUUGACACCUCGUCAAGCAUUGAAGAAGUAUUCGAUAAGGAAAUUGAGAUAGCCAAGAAUCUUGUUCAAAAUCUCUCAGACGCGAGAUUUGCUACCGGAGAAAUUCGAAUCGGCGCUAUUGUCUUUCAUUCCAAAGCAAAAGCUAUCAUGAAUCUCAAUGAUAAUCUAUCAAAGAUUGAGGUUAUUAAUACCCUAGAAGCCCUCAAAUUAGCCGGCGGAAAUACUUCAGUAGCUUCGGGCGUUCAUUCAGCAAUCAAUCAUAUCGGAAAAAAUCGACGAAUCAAUUCCAAACUUCUUGUCGUCUUGAUUUCCGACGGAAAUAGUCAAGAUCACUGGAAGGAGGUGACUCAUACCUCAAUGAUACUGCAUUCAUUGAAUCCGAUCGUCUUCGCCGUAACCGCUAGCAAGAAGUAUGGUUUGAGGGAGCUCGAAGUAUACGUUGGCGAUCCGACACGAAUAUUCACCGACGAGAGAGCUUCAAGUCUUGUCGACGCCGUCACGCAUUCGAUGAAUGAGAAUUGCGAGGGCGACGAGAAAACUAAGCGCGAAUUCUCAUUGGAUAGCCAAUUGUCGCUUUGUGAUGAUGAUCUCGUCGAUCUAGUAGUCGCUGUCGACAAUUCCAAACCAAUCGACAAUGAAUUUUUAUCGGACCAACUUUAUUUUGUAGACUUGAUCAAACAAAUUCCCGAGUUCAUGUUCAAGAAUCGGCUCCGAGUCUCGCUGAUCCCAUGCGCUUCGGUUCUACGAUCCACACGAAACAUCACCAAUAAGAGCCAUUUGCUAACCGAAAUUGAUCGACUUGACUCGAAACAAGCCAAUGGGAUUUCAAUUUCGACGUGUCUCGUUGAAGCUUCAGAAAUACUCUACAAACGACCACCUGGUUCACGAGGAUUCUUGGUAUUCUUUGGAAGCGGAAACGAUCGAGACACCUUCGAGCAACUCGACAGAACAACGCCACUACUAAAAAAUUAUGAAGUGUUUGCUGUGUCAACCGCGAAGACUUUAAACCGGAAGAGUUUGACAUCGAUUGCUGGAAAGACACACAACGUCUAUAUCAAUGAUCGGCUAGAUCGGUUCAGUCAGGACGUCGGGAGCGCGUUGGUGGCAUGCAGGGGAAAGGCAGAAGAGCCGAAAGGAAAUCUCCCCGACAGCCUUCCUCCAAUUGCAGCAAACUCAUUGAAGCCAUCCGAAUCUUGCAAGAAGACGAAGCUUGACCUUCAGAUAAUUCUUGACGCGUCAUCAUCAAGAGAAGACGUGUUCGAAAGACAACGAAAAAUCGUCGCCGAGCUAGUUGAGCGAUUGCCAAUCGAUUUGUACGACAAUUUUGUUGCCGUGGGAAUCAGCAGCUUCACCUCAACACCAAUCAUUCGACAGAACUUGGGAUUAGGAAGAACGAAGCAGGAAAUUCGAGACGUCCUAAACACAAUUGACUAUCGAGGUGGUUCGACAAGAACAGCAAAAGCGAUUCAUCUGAGUAUUGAUGAUCUCGAUAAUUCGAAACGAAGAGAUGCUUUACAAGCUAUUGUUCUUAUAAAUGACGGCAUUUCGCAGGACGACUGGCAGGAAGUCCUCAACGCUUCGGCCCGAUUGCGAUCUGUACAAUCGCAAAGAUAUGGUCUAGCGUUUGGUGACGAAAUCGACCUGAGAGAAUUGAGUAUGUACGUUGAGGAUCCGUCGAGAAUCUAUCGCGACAAUGAUACCAAACGCUUCCUCGACGACAUCGUUUCUCUAGUAUACGGCGGUGUAAAAGAAUGCGCAAGGCCAAAGAAGGCAGCACGAGCCGAAACUGAUUGCUACGUCGACACCGACUUCAUUAUCAUUUUCGAUAACUCGGAUAUGACUGAGCAUAUGAUUGAUCCAUCGGUCAAUGCCAACAGAUAUCUGCUUCUCGAUAUUCUAGGAUCGUUGUCGAAAACCUUCAACAACACAUCGUCGGACAUUCGCUUCGCCGUUUUCUCAACAUCGCCCGACCCAAUAUUGAAUCUCGAUUUUACUAGUAUUCGCGAGAAGAACACGAUAGCGGAGAAAAUCGAAUCGAUACGGUCGGUGGGACGCCAACCAUCAUACUUGCAAACACUAUUGGAAGCGGUCCGUCAUUUCAGAGACGACAAUGAAGGAAAUCCACGAAAGAAGGCUAUCAUUCUCGUCGGCGAUGGAGAAACGGAUAGCAAAGAUCGAUUCCUGGAGCGAAAUCUCAAGAAACUUCUGCGAGAGAAGUCCGACGUGAAGUUGUUCUCCGUUGAUGCAUCGACGCACACGAAUAUUAAUUUCUAUUCGAGAAUUAUUGGAAAUCGCGACGACGUUUUCGAGUAUGAGAGAAAUGGUGUCGUCGUGCAGAGGCUGCUGAAAUUCGUCGAGAAAUCGAGUUGUGGUGUCAAGGAAACAAAAAAGGCGCGCAAGAAGGUGAAUCUAGACGAAUUACAAAAAAGAUCGAUCGAAGCGCAACCAAAUGUUGAAGAAACGUUCAAGAAGGAAAGAGAAAUGGCUAGAGAGGUCAUCGAACGCCUUCGUGUCGGCGAGAACAACGCCCGCGUUGCGAUCAUCAAGUUCGCGUCGGAAGAGAAGGUCAAAACCGUUUGGUCGUUCAAGAAGCGCCAAUCGAAACAAGCGAUUCUCAAUGCACUCGAAUACCUUCCAUUCUCCUCGGGAACCACAGCAAUCCACGCGGCACUCCAAAAAGCCGCUUUGGAGUAUACCGAGCAUCGAGGAGCGCGACCCGGCAUCGCACGACCCAUCGCUCUUCUGUUCACCGAUGGUUUCGGAAAGAAGUCAUCCGACGAGGAAGCCGCCAUUCUACGCCAACUCAUUCCCGACAUUUUUGCGGUGGCGGUUAAUCACUUGUACCCAGUAUCGCGAAAAGAGCUCGAGAGAAUCGUUGGCAAUAGGGAUCGUGUGUUCACCGAUUCGACCGUCCAGAAUCUGCACGAGACCCUUCGGCCAUACCUAAGCGAUUGCUAA